UGGCUGAAGGACCCAGGGCCUCGGACAGAGAAGCGUACACUGUGCUGCGACAUGGUGUGCUUCUUGUUCAUCACACCACUGGCUGCGAUCUCGGGCUGGCUGUGCCUACGAGGAGCCCAGGACCACCUUCGCCUCCACAGCCGGCUGGAGGCCGUGGGGCUCAUCGCCCUUACCAUUGCCCUGUUCACCAUCUAUGUUCUCUGGACGCUGGUCUCUUUUCGAUACCAUUGCCAGUUGUAUUCCGAGUGGAGAAGGACCAACCAGAAAGUAAGGCUGAAGAUCCGGGACGCUGAUGGCUCUGAGGAUCCGCACCACUCCCUGGCAGCUGGACUCCUCAAAAAGGUGGCAGAGGAGACGCCUGUAUGAAGGCAGGCUAUAGCCAGAGUCAGCUGGCGAUGCCUUGGAGUUUGGAAGGACGGAGACUGCCCGACCCUUCUUGCACGGCCAGAAUGCUUCUCAGGCCAAGAGCCGGGCCAAGCAGAGCCAAUCUGUGAUCCUUUCAGGUUUUUUUGCACACUAGUACAUGAGAAGGACAGACGGACGUGGUCCUGAGCUUCGUAUGGGACAGGCAGGCACCCCGAUCUCAUUCUGAGGUCCGUUUGAUGCGUCCUGGGCCAGCAGCUGUGGCCGGUGCGUCAAGGGUGCCCAUUGGGAUGGAAGGUUCCAGCAAGCUUCUUGCGCUUCUCUGCACCUGGCAGGCUUGCUUUCCUGGCACUCUUGACUUAUAAAGUUGCACUGCGUUUCAAAAACCCACCCCUGAAUGAAUAAAAGGAGCCCUUGCUGGA